CUUCACGACAAGAUACGGGCCCUCGAACAACGUGCAUAUAGCGCAGAAUGUCUCAGAGAUGAGGAGAUGGCACGAAGAGUAGCGAUUACCGAUCUUUGGUUCCAGCUACGGGAUUACCUCUCCGUCCUCGACGCCCACAGCAAGGACGCGCGAGUCGCCCUAGACAGGAGUGUCGACAUC